UUUCCUCUCGUUCCAAGAGGCUAGUGACAGUUUCUACAGCCACUUCCCCACCGGUUCUAAGUUGGGAAAAGCGUUUACCAGCCCACAGCUCACUGAGCACCUGUGCACUUGACCUUUUCUAGAUCAAACUGUCCAGUGGCCCCUACCACUGUUCAAGUGUCAUCUGUACGCCUAGGAACGAUGAAGGUGACACGUCCUACGUUGGUUCCAGGCCAAAUUGAUGGAAGCCUGGCUGCCAACUCACCGAAGUGCUUUGUGCUUCGAUUUUCUCUGGGACCGUUAAACUCCCGGCCUCUUCCAUUUCCUUUCAUUUCUAAAUGUCAGAGACGGUCCAAACGACUAUCUCCCAACCACUUCCACACCGGGUUGACAGCAGUCUGGCACCUGCAGACUGCAAGCCCACAGAAGCGCACAGCGCUUCAACGAGCCCUGAGCCGUCACAGGCUCUUAUCAUCCUCCCCGAGUCCGGAACCGACCCAGACCCUCAGACGCUCUUCCCCUCCCGAUGAACUCCUAAUCCCAGAGUUCCAGAGGAAGAGCAAGUCUUCCAAGGACGGCACGCUUACCGCUGUGGCAAGCAAUAUUCUCCUGCCCAACAGAAAUACUGGGCCACCGAUUGUUUUAGAAUGCCCCCCAAAAAAACAGGAGAAUUACUUGGGAAUUCAACAGCUACUUAGGCGUUUAGAGUGGCCUUCAGCCACUAUGGGAUCAAGGUGGUGUGGCCAGAAUUUUCUUUUCUUUUCUCCAUCUUAUACGCUUUGAUACUCACUUUGAUUGCUUCGGCCUUGUGCACUAUGCACUUGGACCUCAAUGCUCGAAUAUAAUAUCUUGCAUUUUGUUCAUCUUGCACCUCCCUCAGUUCACCGAUGUGAAGCUGAGGCGAGAGCGAUAUUUCUGAUGAUCUUUGCCAACACGAUAGUUCGCAGUCUAGGUACAUUGUCAAACACAUAGUUCACUGACAUGAAGCUAAGUUUGCGAUCUAGUAAUUA